AUGCCGGAAGCCAUCUCAAGCUCGAGCAUGUCAGCCACCACGACUGCCGUACUCUCAAAAGUGAGGCGUAUGAUCCCGCCAAUGCUAGAAAAGUUUCACAAAGGACAGCUCGGUCGAGUUGCUGUGAUUGGCGGCAGCCAGGACUAUACUGGUGCGCCGUAUUUUUCGGCCAUGGCAAGUGCAAGGUUGGGAUGUGAUAUGUCGCACGUCAUCUGCACACCAGCUGCCGGUGCUGUGAUCAAGACAUAUUCUCCCAACUUGAUGGUUCACCCGCUGAUGCGGCAAAGCUCAUCCGAGGCAAAUGAAUCGGCUGUUUCAAAGGAGUCUACGGGUGCGGACAAGAUCGCGUCCCCCAUCGUUGACAUGCUCGCUCGUCUCCAUGUUCUCGUCAUCGGCCCAGGUCUAGGCCGCGAUCCGCUCAUGCUGGAUACUGUAGAACACGUCAUUCGAGCGGCAAAGGCCAAGGAUAUUCCCAUCGUUCUCGAUGCCGAUGCCCUUCAGCUUGUGCAGAGAGACUUGUGCCUCAUCAAAGGCUAUUCGCAGGCAGUGCUGACGCCAAAUGUCGUGGAAUUUGACCGUCUGUGGAAAGCAGUAGGCAUCGAUGAUAGCAGGAGUGAGAGCGAGACGCAGCGAGUAGAAGCUCUGGCUAAUGCUCUCGGGGGCGUCACCAUUAUACAAAAGGGACAGCAGGACCACAUAUCGAACGGCAAGGUCUCGUUGACAAACGAUAUCCAGGGUGGCAGGAAGAGAAGCGGCGGUCAAGGAGAUACUCUCACGGGAAGCGUUGCCACGUUUCUUGCAUGGAGAAAGGCGUACCUUGACGAGUUAUGGAAGGAUACAGAGACGACUCGUCUAGACAAGGAGGAGAUGAUUGGGCUGGCAGCGUUUGGAGGAAGCGCAAUCACAAGAGAAUGCUCUCGAAUUGCCUUUUCGAAACGUGGGAGGAGUUUGCAGGCGAGUGAUCUCACAGAUGAGAUUCACAGCGCCUUCAUGCGCCUCUUUGGCGAGGUCGAUGGCGAUGACGGCUCCUCGAAGCUCUAA